UCGAGGCAGUUUUUCCAUCGAGUGUAAGGGCAGCCUAUUGAAACGCAGUUGAAUAAAUUCCGGUUCCUAGCCCGUUUAUUUUUUUAUUUAUGAAAACCCAGCUGCCUGCUCUACGAGACUCAAAAGCUGUCCUUAAGACUUCGCGAAAACGAAACGGGAACUAUCACAGCCUCCCAACAACUCACUUUCUUCGAUCCCCAGCCGUUGUCCUGCGAAAAAUCGAUUCUAGUUAUCCUGUGUUAUUGGGCUGUCAAAUUCCCGAGCUUUCGCCCUUGCGACUGGACUUUGCUUCUGGGGCAAUGAGUUCCAAGUAGGGACGUCGUUUUCGCCAGGAUCCUCGCAUGAGCCAAUAUGAUUGUUACGUCCGCUUCUGGCCUGGAUAGCACCCCCACAUUAGGCACCGUCGAAGUGACCACGCUGUUGGGCGCCUUCUUCGGAGUCCUUGUUCUGCUGCUCCUGCUGUUCCUGUACAUCAGCCGGAAGUGCUGCUUCCACUACCGCCAUGCCAUUAACUGCUGCGACGAGCGCCACCUGGCGACCAAGUGUGUGCAGAAGAUCACUCGUAAGCGGCGCUAUGAGAACACCAGCUCCGACUCGGAAGAGGACAUCCUGAGGCGCCUGCGGUGGCACCAGCAACACCAGCUGGGCGAAAAGCCCGGCGGAUACGGGCUGGGGCUCAGCCAGGCGAACCCGCUGACGGCGCAGAGCUUCCACUACCACCACUCCGGCGCCGACCUGCAGCGGGUGACAGUGACGCGUGACCCCUUGGCCAUCGCCGAGCGGGGCAAGGUUGGCAUCCCGUCGUCGCACAGCGAGUGCAGCUCAAACGACUCCAUGGAGGCCUUCGUCGACAGCCACACAGGCAUCCUGACGGGCUCGAGCAAAGCAGCAACGCCUCAUCCUGCAACGACCUUCCGCAAUCCGAGUGUAGAGCACCGAGCCAAGACGCAGGCAUUGCGAUACCAGCACCGGGUCGAACUGGUCGCUCCGCCCAAACUGGAGAGGGAGCGGGACAGCGUGGUGGUGGUGCCGAUGGCCAGUACCUACAACCUUACCAACAACAACAACUCGAGUGCAACCGGCAACAACAACACCAGUAGUAACAACAACGAUGACGAGCCCCUGUUCGACACCAGCGACCUGCGCUCGAUCAAGUCGGAUGACUUGCUGAUUGGGCUCGACGUGGACCCGAAAGGAGCACCCGUACAACGCGGACCCAUUGAGCUGGAGCUCUCGCUGCUGUAUGACGCCCCCAUGCGAAAGAUGACUGUGCACGUGAUGCAGGCCAGAAGCUUGCCUCCGCUGGCCAGUGGUCAGCCCACCCACACGCAGGUGCGGAUGCUGAUGCUGCCUAGCAAAAAGCAAAAGCUCAAGACCAAGAUCCGCAGCGGCGAGAACCCCCAGUACAUGGAGAGCUUCCUGUUGCACCGUGUCAACCCGGAGGACGUGAACAACAUGGGACUGCGAGUACGUCUAUACGGUUGCGAGCGCCUACGCAAGGAGCGCCUGAUCGGAGAGGCUUACGUGAGCUUCGCCACCGUGGACUUAGAGCUGGAGACGAACCUCUGGCUGCCGCUGGAGCCCCGCAAUACCUCCUCGGGCCUGGGCUCCACUAGCGACCUGUUGAGCCUGGCCCGUUCGGAGAGCGCCGGCUCAACCUCGUCCAUGCAGCACGGGGGCGUCUCGGAGCUGCUGCUGGGCCUGAGCUACAACGGAGUCACUGGUCGGCUGAGCGUGGAAAUCAUCAAGGGUAGCCAGUUCCGCAGUUUGUCGCUGAACAAGGCGCCCGACACUUACGUCAAGCUCGUGAUGGUCAGCAGCAUUGGACAGGAGAUAUCCAGAGCCAAGACCUCCAUUCGGAGAGGCCAACCGAACCCGCUCUUCAAGGAGACCUUCGCCUUCCAAGUUGCUCUUUUCCAGCUCAACGACGUGACCCUGAUGAUCUCCGUAUACGCCAAGAGGCACAUGAAGAAGAACGAGAUGGUCGGCUGGUUCAGCUUGGGUCUGAACUCGUCCGGAUCGGAGGAAGUGGCCCAUUGGGCGGACGUUUGCGAGAUGCCCAAGGGCGAGAUGCUGGCCCGCUGGCACGUGCUGGUGGACUCCUGAUUCGAGCAGCUGGGCCAGUCCUCGGGACGCAGCGGCAAGGCCCUCCGGAAGCUGGGUCUCUCUGCGUUCAAGGACCGGUCCCGCGAGAAGGCUUCGAAGGAGUCGCGUCCGGAGGACGAUUGCGCUCAGUUCCCUGCAGACAAUGCAGUUGCAGUUGAUAUUGAGCCGGGCCUGGAGCUGGACUUCGUUUGAAGCAAGGUCAGUGCUUGUGAUCUGUUUUUAAGGAGACGCUGCCCAUGCGGCGACUUGAAUUGUCGGGUGUUUAACCCAGGACGAGGCCGACUAAGGGGUUCGAGCGUCCGAUCAAUCUAGCCCAGACCGGGCUGUAAAACAUUUGUAAUUUGGAAUCAAUUUGGCACACAUUUUGUUCGUAAAAUGUGAGAAAUAUGGAAAACUAAAAAGGAAUAACCUAGAAUAUCGAAAUUUUUUACGCAAUGGCACGUAAGUGCAUACCAGUACUUAACAUACUACUCAAAUUUGAAUUUUAUGAUUGUUUGUGAUAAAGAAUACUAUAUUAAUAGCCAGAAGGGCGGAAAAAGUACAUGUUGGAGAUUUUGUGUGUACAAUUGUGCAUCUGUACUUCUUUACGGAUGGGUGACGAAUUUUUGUAAUUAAACCUUUCUGCAUCUUAUAUUUAAAUAUUAAGCCCGGCAUAGGCUGCCCAAAGUCUGUUAAGACUAGCACUUUUUUAUUACGAGAAAUGAGAACAGAACGUAAAUUGGAACAGUUGUAGUCAAUACUUACAGAAAUGUUUACGUACAUCAUACCUGCAAACUUACAUACAUACCUUAACACAACUAACUCUUGCUGUUUUGAUCAAGAGCCAUGCGCAUGUUCCAGUUUUGAUAUCCACAAAAGGAUGAGGAAAGUGUCGAUACCUUAGAAAUCAAACGCACAAAGACAUCUUCUACGACCGCAGAAGACAAGUUGGCAAGCCAAAGUUGAUCAAAUCUUAGGGCAUUCAAGUACUGCUCGGGAGCAGAAGUAUUUUAUUAAAGCUUUAUUUCGAUUAAGGCAUUGACGGUGAGCUCUUCAAUGAGCUGGGUACGUACGGUCCUAAGACUAAGGAUUGGAUUGUUUAAAAGUCUCAAACAUGGGAGCAUUUUGUUUUUGCAUUGAACUGCAUGAAUCACAUAAGUUUUACUUAUAAAGAGAGAAAAUUGAAAGCUUUAAUAAAUAUCUAAACUAAUUUAUUUUUAAACUAAAAUUAAAUCGAAACUUAUAAAAAAGCAAAACCUAUUAAGCUAUUAACAUGCUCAUGCGAAAAAUUUAAUAUAAAUUUGUAUGUACAACCAUAUGAAUGUAUUUUGCAUAGUGUUUAUAUCUUUUAAAAAUCUGUAUGUUUUGAGCGUCGAAUAUUUUAUAAACGCAAUUCAAGUGAAUGUAUGUUUGUUGAUACAACAAUCGGGAUGUAUAAGCUAAAUCUAAAACUUUGUUUUGAAGGAAAAGCGAGGCUAAGCAGCCGAAUGACUUAUCAACUAAUUGUAAUCCUUAAUGUCAGUAUUACACAUUUCUAAAUUGAACAGUACAACAGCGGUUAGCCUCGCCACAUGACGGGAAAAUACCGUCAAGUUUUUUUAACUCUGAGUAGAAUAUCCCUCCACGAAUUGCAAGCGAAUAAAGUGAUUUUUUUUUCUGAAAAAGAUUACAUAAAUCUACUCUUCAAUUUAAACAAUUAAAUUGUCAUUGUUGAUUAUCAAAGGAAUAAUUUUAAUAUUACUUAAUUGCCACUUAAAAAUAAAACGA